UUUAGAAUGGUGAGGGAAAUCACACAGUCACUUGAAACUAAUUGGGUGUUAAAUCCGUAUAUUUAAUUAAUUUAUGUAUUAUUUAAUAACUAAUAGUACAGGUCAUUAAAUAAUUUGAAUUAAUGACAAUAUCAAGGUAUCUGAAAUACAUACAACUGUAUCUCAGAAGGUAGCGGGAGAUGCUUUAAUGCGAUCUUUCUAAAUGAGAUAUAUUUUUCGACCAAUGGAAUUAAUUACAAGAGUGUGAUCGAAUGCUGAUCCAGGUACAAGCGAUAUAAUAUGAACUUCCUGCCGUGUGGGAUCUCGUUCUUUCUGUCUUUAUUGAUCUGCUGGUUCACAUCCAGAGUCGGCUCGUCUUGGUGGUACAUGGGUAGGCCUACUCUGGGUUCCCAAGUGAUGUGCGAUAACAUUCCCGGAUUAGUGAACAAGCAGCGGCAGCUGUGUUACCAGCAUCCCAAUGUGAUGCAGUCAAUUGGAGUUGGGAUUACUGAAUGGAUUAGAGAAUGUCAGCAUCAGUUCCAGCAUCACCGUUGGAACUGUGACACGAUGCCUCGAGACCACACCCUCUUUGGCAGGGUUCUGCUCAGGAGUAGUCGUGAAGCUGCAUUUGUCUAUGCCAUCUCCUCCGCGGGUGUGGUGUAUUCGCUAACCCGAGCCUGCAGUCAGGGGGAACUGGAAUCCUGCUCCUGUGAUCCCAAGAAGAAAGGCUCCUCCAGCGACAAUAAGGGCACCUUUGACUGGGGGGGCUGCAGCGACAACAUAGACUACGGCAUCCAGUUUGCACAAGCCUUUGUAGACGCCAGGGAGAGAAAAGGGAGGGAUGCCAGGGCCCUGAUGAAUCUUCACAACAAUAGAGCUGGGAGGAAGGCAGUGCAACACUUUCUGAAACUAGACUGCAAGUGUCAUGGCGUAAGUGGCUCUUGUACAGUAAGGACUUGUUGGCUGGCAAUGGCAGAUUUCCGGAAGACCGGAGAUUACUUAUGGAGAAAGUACAAUGGAGCCAUCCAGGUUCUCAUGAACCAGUAUGGCACUGGUUUCACUGUUGCCUACAAGAAGGUUAAGCAGCCCACUGAACAUGAUCUGGUUUAUUUUGAGAACUCGCCAGAUUAUUGCGUCAGGGACCGUGAAGCAGGAUCUCUGGGCACUGCUGGCCGGACCUGUAACCGCACAUCCCGUGGCGUGGACAGCUGUGAAGUGAUGUGCUGUGGCAGGGGAUAUGACACUGCCAGCAUCUCGAGGAUGACACAGUGCAAGUGCAAAUUUCACUGGUGCUGUGCUGUCCAUUGCAAAGACUGCCACGAGGUGGUUGAUGUGCAGACUUGCAAAGCUCUAAAGAAUACAGAUUGACUGGAUCAAACAUGACGUGAGAGCAGAACUUAGAACAUUGGACAUUUUGCACCAUGUAGACUGCAUAUAAUAAAGAAGAUAUAAAGAAGGUAUUUAGCCAUAUGGAAAUUAUAUUAUUGCAGAUAAAUACCACUUUUUAAUUUUUUUAUUUGUUAUACCAGCAACAGGAAAAAAUACAUAUAUAUUUUGAAACUUUCCUGAACUUCCUAAUGUCAUGGGACUAUUUAUUUAAACCAGUAAUCGUGCUCAAAUCUGAGUAGGAUAUCUUUAAACUAUUCUAAAGUGUAAAGAUACUUGCUGCAUAACUUUAAAUAAAUAUUAGAAACAUUGUUUAUGUAAACUGUUUGAAACUAUAACCACUGUAGGAAAAUGAAAAAAAGAAAGCAGUGUUCAUACAUACAGUGACCUUUGUUUUCUCAAACUGGAUCUGCUAAUUUAAGCACACCAUUACAAUCCACAUAGCGUAUGUCCAUCCUUAAGCCAUCAUACAAAUGUGAGGUCAGUGUACAGCUGCAACAUGUUGAGAAGAUGACCUUCACUUUGAAUUUUCUACAAAGUCUUUUGUAAAGCAAACAGACAUAAUAUAUACUUUUCAUAUUUUGUCUUUGUAACAUGUUGUCUUUGUCUGAGACUGUGUUCUUUUUAAAUAUGGCAAUUGAAAUGUACAGUACAUUUAUUUGUUUUUUUGCCAAAUAAAAUAAACUAAAUGGAACACUUGGAAUGAACUAUUUGUUUUGUAGCUUUGGUCUGGUUAGAUUGGGGAUUAAAUGUGAGAAUAGGUACGCAGACUAAUUGCACAUUAAAAAAAAAAAAAAAAAAACGUAGAUAUGUUCAUAACAUCUUAAGACACUGACCAGAUACCACCGCCAGUUAUCUGAUUAGGGUUUAUUGGAAGUUUUUCUGAAAACAUUAAAAUCAUGUAAAAAUCCUUUGUUACCAAUUAACAUUUAAUUAGUAUCAUGUUCGCACAGCAGGUUAUUAACACUUCAAAUGAAGUCACUCUACAUGCACUUGAAAAAAAUAACCCUGUGCUUUGAAUCCAUACCACAUACUUAGACAACUUUACACAAACAUUUGGUCUACUGGCCUUGUGAUGGUGACAAGUGAAUUAAAGCUCUUUUCUGGGAUGAGAUGUGCCUUUUGACGUUAAUGACAUUCAGGGAUUUUGAAACAACAUAAAACUAUAGAGGUAAUUAGUACUGCAAUGAUCAUUAUCUUGUAUUCUGAUGCAUUUCUGUGCUCACAAAAGCUGCUGUUGUUAAUUUGAUAGUUUUUAGUAAACAUAAAACCUAUUGUAGCUUGCUUAUAUCUUCUUGUUAGUGUUCGAAUAUCCAUUCCUACUUCCUAAAAUGUACUUUAAAUACUUUGCAAACCUUUUGAGAUCUUUAUGAAUCUUACAGCACAAACAAUACACGCUUAUUAUAUUUUGCUAAAUAACUAAUUAAAACAAUGACCUUUGUGAUUAAAGAAAGCGUCUUGGAAUCAAAAAAGUUAAGAGUUUGAAUGUGUUUUGUUUCCCAUCCCCUACAGUCGCUGUCUCUUCUUUGAUCAGCCCCUACCUUUCAAAAUGUGACCUUGAUACAGAGCAGGGAGCACAUUCUCUAGCUGCUUUUCCAAAUGUGCAGCCAAUUGUUGGUACUUGUUGGCAGCAAACAAUGCAAAUUUACUUUCGCUGAUAAAACAAAAGAUUUUCUCUCAAGCGUUAGUUUUUUCACAGGUUAAAUUAAGGACCUGGUUAACAGUUAAUGAACAAGGCACACACUUACGUUGC